GUUAAUUUUUCACGCGCAGGACGCUAUUUACACGACGGCGACGAUCUCGUGGGGACGUGUGGUUAUUUUACAGCAGCCUCGGAUGACAAACAACGCAGUUAUAAGUUAACUGUGUAAUCAUGCCUCCACAAGUAGAAACAAUAAUUCUCAGCAAUGGUUACAAAGUACCAGCUAUAGGUCUGGGAACAUGGCAAGGAGGAAAUGAUCCAGGCGAAGUCUAUGAAGCUGUUCAAAUAGCUAUUGACGAAGGUUACCGUCAUUUUGAUUGCGCAUCGGUUUACGGCAAUGAAGCUGAAAUUGGAAAAGCUCUUCAAGAAAAAAUCACAGCAGGAGUCGUCAAGCGAGAAGAUCUUUAUAUAGUCACGAAGAUCUGGAAUGACGAACACAAGGAAAAGCUUGUGGUACCUGCGUGCCAAAGAUCGUUAAAGAAAUUAGGAUUGGGCUACAUCGAUUUAUAUCUUGUGCAUUGGCCAUUAUCAUAUCCUGAUGAUGUGGAUUAUAUUGAAACUUGGCGUGGGAUGGAAAAGUGCGUCGAGCUCGGUUUCACCCGUAGCAUCGGCGUGAGCAAUUUCAAUUCACAACAGCUCACUAGGUUACUAGACUCUGCCACUAUUAAACCAGUUAUGAAUCAGAUCGAAGUACACAUCAAUCUCAACCAGAAAAAACUUAGGGAGUUCUGCGCUAGUAAAGCCAUUGCCGUCACUGGAUACAGUCCGUUCGGAGCUCCUGGUCGCUGUACUGGAUUUCAACCGCCUGGUCCUGAUAUCAAUUUGCAAUCUCCCGUGAUCACAGAGAUUGCAAAGAAAUAUAAUAAAACUAACGCGCAAGUUGCAUUACGUUACUCUAUCGACAUCGGUAUCAUUCCAAUACCAAAGUCUAGCUCACCAAAGCGUCUUCGAGAAAACAUUAAUGUUUUUGAUUUCAAAUUGACUCCAGAGGAAAUAGUAGCAAUAGAUCAACUUGAUUGUGGUUUCAGAACUUGCAACGCUAUCGAGUACAAAGAAUGCAAAGAAUAUCCAUUUAAUAUUGAAUUUUGAAAAAAGAUUAAUGGUUAAUGAUCUAUGGUUUACGUAUAAGAAAACUUUAAACAUGGGGAUUAUAGUCGUUUGAUUUCAGUGUAUAUAUAAAAGUAAAUUACUAAAUUAUCAUUCCAUCUACAAUUUUUAAUAGAAUCUGUUAUUUAAGCUCUUUUUUUCUUUUAAUAAAAGCUUUUUAUAAUUUCAUCUGCAAAGUAUUGUUAUUUUUUUGGCCGUUAUUUGUUAAACAGUAAAUAUAUUACAUAAAUUAAAAAUAAGCAACACGACUUUUGUAUGCUAUAUUAAUUACA